UUUUCAGUUGCUUUCAUAACAGAAGGUUCGUUUGUGGAGUUAAGUGAGAAUGACUUCGUUGAAUGGUGACGUUACGCCUGUGACGAAGCUGAAGUUUAGUGUGGACAGUAUAUUGGGGAACAAUGAUGGUGAUCGGCCGAGUGGUGUGACGGAGGUGGGUCGGAGCCAGGAGCCCCCGUGCGCGGGGUGCGUGGCUGCGCUGUACCGGUGCUGCAGGGAUGAGCCCCCGCUGCUGCAGCUGCCGUUGCCGCUUCCAUACUCGCAUUUACAUCCAGCAUUGAGGCCCACCACUGUCUACCGUCUCCCUCUCCCAUCAUCAUCACCGCCGCAGCCGUCAGCGCCUCGCUGUGAUGUCACGUCCAGCGGCAAGAGGAAGCGCUCCUGGUCCCGAGCUGUCUUCAGCAACCUUCAACGCAAGGGCUUGGAGAGGCGGUUUCAAAUACAGAAGUAUAUCACGAAACCGGAUCGGAGGCAGCUGGCGGCUACGUUAGGACUUACUGAUGCUCAAGUAAAAGUGUGGUUUCAAAACCGUCGUAUGAAAUGGCGGCACACGAAAGAAGGUCGAGGUGGUAUAGCAGGCACUACGGGCUUACCUGGACGAGACCCAGAUUCCACCAAUGAUGACAAUGAAGAUAUUGACGUGGACACACUCAGUGAUUAACUGAAACUAAGGACUGAAGAGUUUUAUAAUUGGAAACAUUUUACGAGAUAUCUGUCCCUACGCGAAGCAGUAGCUGCGUGGUAAGAGGGUGAGAUAAUUAUCUUUACCUAUGGAACAUAGUUCAAUCCUGUUAUCUGAGUCAGGUUUCGACGUUUUUGGAGACGUGUAAUAGAAGAUUCAGAAGUUUAAACUAAGUUUUAUGAACUAGGUGAGAGAUGGUGACAUGGGUGCAGUCAAUAUUUUGGCGCGGUGGUAUGACUAUUGUUUAUAGAUAUCCAUCAGUAAAUAGUGUUUCUUGACUAUUUUUACGAUAAAAAAUAAUCAUUGUAACCAUCCUUUCUUUAUAACAAUAUCUAUAAGGCACUUAAUAAAUUAAGUACAAGCAAGAAUUUUCAAUAUCGAAAUUUUAAUGGUGUUUUAGCCCGAGAAACUUUAAUUGUAGGUUAAGUUUACAUUUCAAUACAUAAGACAAAGUGUAAG